UAUCUCGUGCAUUAAUUCCCACCACAAUUUUCAGAAACUCUGCUUCACUUCUUCACCUAUACUUCAUUUCCUUUCUCAAAAAUUCCUUACCAAAUUAAUUCCAAUGGAUACUCUCUCCACCUCAGUUUCUUCACUCAAAGUUCCAACUCUGCGUAGGAACUCGGCUGACCUUUACUCAUCUCAUUUCAACUUUCCAAAUCACCACUUAUUCCCUACUUUCACAAAACCAACUUCAAAAAUCUUAAACAAAACCAACUCUUUUAUCCAAACCAAGACUUUCAAUAUCCCUACUUCCGUUCCAUGUAAAAAUCUACCACUCAAACAAUCCUCCUCAAGACAUCAAACAACUCAUACUAGAGCUUCAAGUGGUUAUGCUGCAGCACUAGUCGAUAUAGCUAAGUGCAACAACUCAUUAGAAAUUCUUGAAAGGGACGUUAUUAAGCUAUCCAAAUGGCUAAGAAAAGACCCUUUUCUUUUCUUGGAAGAUAAAGAAAAAGGGUAUGUUCUUAAGGAGAUAUUGUCAAAGGGGAAAUUUCACAAACACUUGGUGGGCUUGUUGAAGCUUUUAGUGGAGAAGAACAAAGUGGGGAUAAUAAAUGAAGUGUUGAUGGAAUUUGAAAGAAUUUAUGAUGAGGUUUGUGGGGCACAAAUUGUGUUGGUUUCAUCAGAUGUGAAAAUGGAGAAAGAUAAAAUUUUUGGAAUAGCUAAGAAAGUACAAGAACUUAGUGGGGCUGAAAAAGUGAAGGUUAAGGUAAGACAUUUGGUUGAUGAUAAUAAGAAGAGGUCACGCUUCUCUGCUCUAUAACUAAUUAACUUUCUAUAGUGAUAAAUUCAAGAUUUAAAGUCCGUGUAUUCCAUUUUGUAUAUGCGUGCCAGUUUUUUUCAUGUCUAUGUGUUGAAUAUAUGGUCCAGAUCCUGCAUGAACGGGAGGUGCUUUGUGCACUGGACUGCCUUUUUUUUGGUUUAAUAUAUGGCGUCUAGUCCGCCACUAACUUAUGAAAAAUGCUCUAAACUAUGGUCAGGUGUAAUGUUUAGAUUGUAAUUGCUGUAUAGUUUGGAGCUGCAAAGGUUUCACCUUUGUGAAUGAUAGGUAACAUAUUGCACUUAUGAAUGAUGAAAAGCCAAAAAAAUUAUAUGAAUAAAUGUACAAUUAUAGUAUUUUGCUUA